CCUCAUGCCUCCACAUCCUCAGAAAUAAUCAGCCAAUAGGAGAGCCCCGUUUGGCCACGUCGGACGCGCAUCACAUUUCAUUUGGGCCUCGCGUCAAAUGUUCGAAAUCUCGGCCCGAUAAUGUUCGAAAUCUCGGCCCGAUAAUGUUCGAAAUCCGGAAGCCCGGAUAGUCCAUGACCCGGUGAAGCUUCCUGGUCGAUUAUCGAUUCCCCUUCUCUUCUCUUUUUUGAUCUGCCGAUCCCAUUUCUCUUCGUCUUCUCCGUUCACUACGUUUCGCAGAUCUUUAUCGCGGACAUUAAAUUUACUCCCCACUCUUCUGAGUUUUAAUCUCAUUAAUGGAUCGUUAUCGCUUUCUCCGUCCGCGGUUCUAUAUAGAUCUCUUAAUCUGUGUAUUUUUUUUUGGAUCUAGAACUGUUCUAUCCUUUCAACUGCUACUUGCGAUGAAGGUGUCCGGCGUUUCUGACUCAGAGAAAAUGACAGGCGAGACGGCGAUCCCCUCCGAUUCCGUCAAUCCCAUCUCUCAAUCCGGUGUCUCUUCCGGCGAUAACGGUCCGACGAAAUCUAGAUGUGGAAUGGCCGAUUCAAAGGGUACGAGCAAAUCCGGCCCUCAGUCCGGCAUAACAUCCGGCGUUGAUAAACCGGUGAAAUCCAGAGGUACGACUGCUGUAACCCAGAUGCCGAUCAGAACACACGGCAGGACUGGUGGUUCCUCCGGCCCCGUUAUCGGGGUUAGAGGGAGACCAUCUGUCUCAGCAAUCGACAAGGGCAAAUCAAUCGUCAGCGACGACGUAGGGAAGGUUAUAACCUUCAAAGACGUGAAAUUCGGGCCACAUCAAGACGAGAUACGGUUUCGACUGAUCCAUUUUUGGGAAGCUUGGAACGUUCAGACGAAGGUUCUUAUCGGCAUCGAAAUGCUUCUCAUCGAUGAAGAGGCGAGUGUAAUCCAAGGUUUCAUCCCUUAUGGAAGGAUUGAGACCUAUCUGCCUCACAUGAAAGCUGGUUGUACGUACCGGCUCAACAAGUUUUACGGAUCAAAGAGCAAGACAGUGUACCGGAUUGCUGACUCGGAUGUCACUAUUAGCUUCUCAUGGAACUCUGCUCUAACUGCUCUCGAGGACAGCUCAAUCUGUUUCCCUGAGGAUCGGAUCCGUAUUCAUGGAUUCAGGGAGUUCGAUGGUGCUUCCGACUUGAAAGGUGAUCUUUAUGAUUAUAUUGGCCAUAUCAAGCUUGUGAAUGGGAAGGUUCCCACUGACAGCAUAUUGCUUGAUGAAGGUGAGAUAGCUGUGUCUCGGCGAGUUGAGCUUCACGUCCAGACACAUGACGAUCCUGUGAUGAAGUUGUACCUCUGGGACAAGGCGGCCUUUGAGUUCAUUGAUAAGUUUAAAGCAUCUAGAGGCACUGCCCGUGUUAUUUUGGUCACCACUUUAAACCCGAAACGGUUUGGAGGUGUUCUGUCUCUAUCGGCAAUGGCGUCCUCACGUGUAUUUAUGGAUAGUGAUAUCCAAGAAACACUCUCCUACCUCAGCUGGUUGAACUCUAAUUUGGACGUUGCCAGUAGGGUUAAUGCAGAGGUGAUUACCAAGCCUGAGCCAGCGACAUUGGGAGAACUUUUUGCUUAUAUGAACCAGGCGUCCUCUAAGGUUGCUUGGUUUGAGUGCACAGCAACUAUUGAUGAUGUUGUGCACGGGUCUGGCUGGUACUAUAUAGGUUGCGGUGUGUGCCAUACCAAAGCAACCAAAGGGCCUACAACGUUAAUGUGUAAGAAAUGCGGGAAGAGUGAGAUUGUUGGUGUGGCGCAGUACUUGACGAGGCUCUCUGUGUAUGACAACAAUGAUCAAGCCGUGUUUGUUGUCCUCGGUGAUGCCGGUGAGGAGUUGACUGGAAAGAAAGCAAGCGAGUUGGUUGAGAAAUACUAUCAGGUCAAUGACAAUAUUGAAGGCGAUCAUAAGGUCCCAGUUCCUCAGGCUAUGAUUGAUACUAUUGGACAGACGCGAAAGUUCAUUGUGAAGGUAUCGAAACACAAUCUGGACGCUAAGACUCAGACUCUGACUGUGACAAAGGUGCUCCCACCCGAUGCCGCAGGACCUGAGGACAAUUUAGAAGGGGAUGUUGAUGUAAUAGGUGAUGCGGAAGGAGUAGGUAAUGCAGCUGAGUUUGGAAAAAGGGGUGCUGAUGAGAUAGAGUCUGAGGGUGUGAAGCGUGCCAAAUGUGGCUAAUGAAGUAGCCUUGACUUCAUUUGCUUCUUCUUUUUUUUUUGUGUGUUUUCCUUUUUUUUUUUUUGUUUGAGACAUCCUUUUUAUCUUUGGUUUCCUCUGCAACAUUAUACCAACCAUUGGUUAUUAUCUCUUUUUAAUAACAUAAACUAUUAAUAUUUUCUAUGUUAUACAAUUUGAUCAAUGAAAUGGUGUUAUCUAUAUAUAUAUUUACCACAUAAUCUGGAUGAUGAUAAACUGAUUCAGGAAUUUUAGAUUCCGAUUUCUAUUUAAGUAUAGUAGAGAAGUAUCUGUGUACAUAAUUAGCUUAUCAUUGUUUGGGAAUAAGUUAUUUUACACAAAACAAAUACAAUAAUAAAACGAUUUGUGUGAAUAAGCAUGGAUGAUUAAAUGCAAUAACCUGCUGUAAGUAAGCCAAUAAAAUUUGAUAUUCUUUAAAAAAAUUUAAAAACGGGUUAACUGAGAUUCGAACCCUGCAAGUAGAGUAGCUAAUGCGGAUACUACUCUACCAUUGGGCUAAUGUCACUCUUUGUAGAUAUAUGCAUAACUAAAUACAAUAACUUCUUAGAUAAUACAAUAAAAUGAAUUUUUUUAAAAAUAAUUACAAACGGGAUGACUGAGAUUCGAACCCUGUAUAAGAGCUAAUGCGGAUGCUACUCUUCCAGUAGGCCAAAGACACUCAUUGCAAAUAUAUAAAUGACUAAAAGAUAUAACUGUUUAUAUGAGCUAAGAAAAUGGUAUGUUUUUAAGAAUAAAAACGGGUUUUUUAGUGUUCGAACCCUAUAUAAGAGCUAAUGCGGAUGUUACUCUUCCAGUAGGCUACAGACACUCAUUGCACAUAUAUAAAUGACUAAAUUAUAUAACUUUUUAUAUAAGCUAAGGAAAUGGUUUGUUGUAAAAAAUAAAAACGGGUUUUUUUGAGAUUCGAACCCCUAUAUAAGAACUAAUGCGGAUGCUUCUCUACCAUUAGGCUAAAUACACUCAUUGAAAUAUAUGCCCAAAAAUAAAAAUAUAUAUUAACCGGAUGAGAUGAGGAAAACAUAUAUAUAUGGAAACACGAGUGGUUGGAUAGUACAAAUCUUUAUUUAAGCCAAAAAUAUUUGAAAUUUUGACUAAAAUUAUAAUUGCGAUGGGAUGGGGGUUCGAACCCUAUAUUUUCUGAUAAGAAUUUACUUUAUAAAUAAAUAUAACCUCGGUGAUAAACGUCUUCAUCAUCUACAUCUAUACGUAUGCUAAAUCAUUAUAAUGUAAAUAUGAGUAUAAAAAUAAAAUCUAUAAAUAUAAAAUAAGCAAAAGAAAUAAUUGUAUUCAAUAACAAAAAUACAAUCAAUAUUAUUCUAUAUAUACUAAUGUAUAAUAAAAUUAUUGUAAGGAUUAUAUUUUAUAAGUUAACCAGUAAUAUUUAUUUCAAAAAAAAUCUAUUAAAUUAUUCUAAUAACAUGGUUAGCGUUAUUUUCAUAUAUAAUAAUACAUAUAAGAUUCUAACAAACAUGUAUAUUAAUAUCCUUUCUCAAAAAGAAAACAUGAAUCUUACACUAUUAAAAGGAGAAUAUGAAGUCCUCUUAAGCUGUCCAUGUCAGCGAAAAAAUUCGCAACCAAUCAUUUGUCCAUGUCAUCAUGGAUGUUAAGUUGUUGGACCACGAAUUUGUGCUGCGUAAUAGGCCCUUUAACUUUAAUGACCCAUUUUUUUUGCCAUCUUCUUACUCCAACAUAAUUUUGUUAUGACGUCUACAGAAGACAUUCCAGAAUUCACUGUCUUCCUAUCUCUUCCGUAUAACGCUUGCGACGGCUAUAAUGACGAAUUAAAGCUACUUAAUUACUCCUCCAGAUAAAUCGGCGUCUAACUCUCAACAUCCUUCCUCUUACUCAAUCAUAACGAUGCUUCCUCAAGCCAAAAACCUAUUGCUCAGAUCCUCAAAUCCAUUCCUAGCUUUAUGGUAAAUCAAACGGCAGUCACCACCACCCAAAUUCAUUCUCCAUUUUUCUUCAGUAAAGUUUCAUCAGUGGAGAUUCCCAGUUGCUUUUUAAGCUAAUCUAUUUAUGGAAAGCUCACAAUAAUUCCAAAGGAGACAUCAUUCUCGGCCUUGAGAUGCUGAUGAUUGAUGAAGAGAUAAGUGUCCAUAUUUCAAUAUUAUGCUUCCGAUUUCAUACACGUCUCUGAUUUUUUUCUAACAGAUAGAGAAUAUGUUAACAAGAUUCUAUCCUGAAACUCAACACCUAAGAAUUUUUAACGUUAAGAGAUAAUUUUUAAAAUUAGUUAAAUAAGUGAUCAUCUCUGAAUAUGUUAAUGGUUCUCAAUAUCCUUUUAUGUAGUAACUAAAUACAGAAUUGUUCAUAUUGAAAUCUACUACAUAUUUCACAUUUUUAUAGCAAAUAAUUAUUUAAAAAAUAAUAAAUACCAAAAAAUUUAAUAUUGAAAAUAAAUUAUGGCUUCAAAACUUAAAGGAUUGCUGAAUCAUUUUAUUGGUUAUCAAAAUUUACAGAUUUAAGUAUUCAAAAUUAUUACACAUUUAUAAAAUUAUAUAUUUAUAUGAAAUAAAAUUUAUUUACCUAUACUUCAAAAAAUAAUUCAAAAUCAAUCAGACGAUAUAUAAGAAAAUAUAUUAUAUACAUAAGAUGAUAGAAUUUUUUUAUUUUAUUAAAUGUAGAGUAUUUUAAAUUUAAAAAAAAAUUAAACAUGGUUAAGAAAAGAUUAAUAGAGACAUUUAAUAUGUUAACAUAAAUUAAUGAUAUUUCAAACAAAAAAAUAUAUCAAAACAAAUAAAUGAUAUAAUAUUAAAAAAAACUUAAAUUUUAUUUAAAAAAUCUAAGGUUCUAAUGUUUAUAGACAAACAAACCGCGCGUAGCGCGGUAAAAUCUCUAGUAAGUAAUAAUAACGAAUGACUUUUAUGGUAAGGUAAAGAUCGUUUUUUAUUAUUCAUAUAUAUAUUUUACCCUAAAUUCUGUCAUAUUGAGAUGGGACCCCAACUUGCAUAUCGCGAAACUAUAUUUAUGCCAAAAUUAACUCAGAAUCAAGUUUUUGAUUGGUGUAGUUAUAUCCAAUGAUUUGAUGGUCCCUCCAUGUUAGGGUUUCGAGUUUCACUUGAUUGUGGUUUAAUUAGUGUUCAGUUCUUUUUCAUGUGUUGACGUUUGUCACUGAUGUUUUUGUUUUUCUCGUUUUACCCCCCUCCCCAAGUAUUUAUAUAUGUUAAAAAUUUGAAGAAACUUAUAGAUCUCCCGAUGUAUAAUGAUUAUAUUAACAUGACGCAAGUUGAUCUACUAAUCAAAGGGCAGGCAAAAUUUGAAAAUACGAAUAAAAGAAAACUAGGAACAGACGGUAUAUAUAGAUGUCUACAUUUUGAUUAGUUCAAUAAGUUAGGACAAAUCAUUUUGGUUUUGGUCCUUUAGUAGUUUAAAUACGUCAAUGUUCUCAAAAAGGGGAAUAUAACGCGAGUUUUCUAGAAUUAUCAACGAAUAUUUUCUGAUAGAAAUGAAAUGUUAAUUAAGGUUUUAUGGGUGGAUAUGACAAAAGAAAAUGCAGAGAGCUAGAGAUGAAUAAGCAAAGGGAAUAAAGAUGGGUCGGCAGGCAUAAAGUGACAGAGGAGGGACAUUACAAGACAGCUUUGGCUGGUCGGAUCAAUAUAAUGUUUGUCAAAUUAUCACACUAACAGACGCAGAGUCCGGCCCGCAUGGUGUCAUCAUUUCUCUUCAUCCCCCGCUUUAUCAUUUCUUUCCAAUUACUAAAAACAAAAACAAAACAAUCUUCGUCUUGUAAUGUUUCCUUUUUACUGGGUUUCACUAGUUGUGCCCCUAACCCGAAGUCAACUUUACGUGUUACAAAAUUUGUUUAGAAAGUCAAUGAGAUCAAUGCAUUUGGGAUUUGAUAAAGGUGUCUCACUCUAGCUCGUUCGAAUGAGCUAAACAGAAUUGUGUUUUUGGCUAUUGAUCUAAAUCGUUCGCUGGUUUUAGGUUUAAAUUGAUAUAGUUAAUCCGACAACCUCUUUACUAGUUGAUAUUAAACAUGAAUUUGAAACUUUACUCAUAUGAAAUUGUUCAAAAUAGAUUGUGACUGCUCUUUCAAACUCAUUUCUAAACCACCGAUCAAAUUGAUAAUUAACGAUUUCGAUAAACAUCCUCACAAGUGUGGUUUGCCUAUCUGGUACAAUAUUCCGGUUAAUCAAAUCUAUAGAGGAUCAGUCUUGAUCGGACCCGACUAGACUAGUCAUAGUUACAGCCAUAGUUAGAUAUACUAUUUGAAAUGAAACUACCAUUGUACAGAGAUCACUGAAAAUGCAAUUAUUGAAGGGAUAAAGAGAGAUGAAGAAAGGUGAUGGAUGUGAAAAAAACACGAAAAAUUUAAACACAUUCGAACGAACACACACAAAAGCAAGUUAAAUAAAUGAGAAAAAAAGGAAAAAAAAAACGAAAUGAUCACUUUCGCCAACCCACACUCCAGUCUCUUCCCCACUUCUGUAGUCCCAUUAAUCAGAUUCAUAUUAUUAAUUUUUCUCAAACAAUUUUACCAAAAAAAAAAAU